UCCCUCCCUCCUCCUAGAUCUAGGGAUGUCCUUCAUCUUCUAAGUUUCAGAAUUUUCUGUGUGUGUGUGUGUUUGUGGGAUUGUUCUUCUUCCGUCCGAUAUUUGGAAAAAUGGUUUUGUCUAAUGACAACAACAACAACCACCCUAAUAUCGCCAAACCUACAAACGUUCAUCCAGGAGGAUUAGAAACGGGUAGCAGAAAGUUUGGGCAGGAGAAUAGUAGGCAGACCAGAAGAGCGUUGAGUUUAAUUAAUCAGAAUAUAGUGGGUGCACAAGCAUACCCUCGCGUUGUUGUUAACAAGAGAGGCUUGUCAGAAAAACAUGGAGUCUGUGAAAAGAAACAGCGAGAUCCAGUGCAUCGACCUAUUACCAGGAAGUUCGCAGCGCAGUUGGUAAGCAGUCAACAACUUCUUCACAAGGUUCAGGAGACCACUAAGAAAUCAGAUCCAAAAACAAAUGGGUUUGGAGAUUGCAUAUUCAUCGAUGUGGAGGAAGAAGACAAUGACGCAACUAGUACUAACAACAAUGACCUUCCAGUUCCAGAGCCAAUGUCCUUGGAGCAAACAGAAGAAGGGCCUGAGGCAACAAUUAAUGAGAUGGAGGAUGUGGUUGAAGAACCAGAACCCAUUUUGGAUAUUGAUGUUCGUGAUGCGAAGAAUCCAUUGGCAGUUGUGGAUUACGUUGAAGAUCUGUAUGCAUUCUACAAGAAAAUGGAGUUAUUCAGCUUUGUCUCACCAAACUAUAUGGAGCAACAAUUUGACAUUAAUGAGAAGAUGAGAGCUAUAUUGAUUGACUGGCUUAUUGAGGUUCACGACAAGUUCGACCUCAUGAAGGAGACAUUGUUUCUUACCAUAAAUCUCAUUGACAGAUUUUUAUCCCAGCAAUCAGUGAUCAAAAAGAGGCUUCAGUUGGUGGGUUUGGUUGCAUUGCUCUUAGCUUGCAAAUAUGAGGAAGUUUCUGUUCCUAUAGUGGGAGAUUUGGUUCUUAUGUCAGAUAAAGCUUACACUAGAGAAGAAAUUCUUGAAAUGGAGAAAUUGAUGCUAAAAACACUGCAAUUCAACUUGUCCUUUCCAACUCCAUUUGUCUUCAUGCAAAGGUUCCUUAAGGCUUCUGAAUCUGAUAAGAAGCUAGAGAUGCUAUCCUUCUUCUUCAUCGAGCUUGCACUGGUCGAGUACGAAAUGCUCAAGUUCCCAUUUUCUUUGUUAGCUGCUGCUGCUGUGUAUACUGCUCAGUGUACUCUAUAUGGCUUCAAGCAAUGGAGUAGGACCUCUGAGUGGCAUAGUAACUACUCAGAAGAACAACUCUCAGAAUGUUCAAUAUUGAUGGUAGGUUUCCACCAAAAGGCAUCAACAGGAAGACUCACUGGAGUACAUAGAAAAUACUGCACAUCCAAGUUUGGGUAUACUGCAAAAUGUCAACCAGCAGUUUUCUUGUUAGAGACCCAACCAUAGCAGAGAAUGUAUAGCUCUACUAACUUCAUCUCUGAUUUGGGUCUGCGGAAUAACUUAGCAAAAUAAAGUCAAUGUUCUACUUGAACAUAUUUGAAGAUGAGAAUAAUAAUUGAUUCCCUCGAUUUGUCUCAAAA